AUGCGUGUUGUCGUAACUUUGUUAACAUUAUCCUCGUUGUGGGUUACGCUGCCUACGGCCGCAGUGGCUGCUGUCCUUGUGUAUCUGCUCAUCCCGGAUGAGCGUCAGCGUGCCAUUCGUCAUCUUCCGGCCCCCGCAUCAACUUUGCCUGUGCUCGGUAAUACGCUGGACCUUAUGAGUCUGAAACUUCCACGUCUACACGACUGGAUUACCGAGCAAUGCAAGAUCUUUGGUGGCCGCACGUGGCGAUUAAAAAUGUUAGGCGCCCCGCCACUUGUAGUGGUGAGCAGUAUCGAAUGCUUCGAAGAUAUUUUACAAACACAGUUUAAGGUAUUCGAUAAGGGAGAGCGUAUGAACAGCAUCUUUCGCGACUUGGUUGGUAAUGGGAUUGGAGCUGUCGACGGUGCACAAUGGAUGUUUCAACGAAAAUUACUAAGUCGUCUUUUCACUAUGCGGGCAUUUCGAGGGAACAUCACUGAGUGCGUGCAUGAUUACACUUUGGAGCUCGGCCGCAAUCUUCACGAGAUGGCACAAACGGGAACUCCAAUCGACUUUUCUGACGUGAUGCGUCACUUUGCUUUUGAUGUAUUUGCGGAUGUUUCCUUUGGCUUACAUGCCAAAUCUCGUGAAGGAAAAAAACAUACGCAGUUGAUGAAGGCCGUGUAUGAUAUGAUCCACAAUAUUGAGAUGAGAUUUCACUCUCCGGAUUGGCUAUGGAAGUUAAAGCGGGCACUCAAGAUCGGGAGUGAGAAAGAGUUGGCGGAAGAUGUGGCGACGUUCGAAAAGACAGUCUUUAAAAUUAUCAACAAGAAUAUGAAACGCAAGCUCAAUUUGAAUACCGCAAGUGACAAGUCAUCCCCGCGACGUCUACGGACAACGAAAGAUGUCGUAUCAUUAUUUCUAGAUGCUCAAGACGUAUUGAAUGGUGCGGACGAUGUUGAAAUUAAUGCCAAGGUUUUACGGGAUAUUGCUGUCGUAGUGCUUCUGGCCGGCGUGGACACGACAGCUUGGUCUUUGUCAUGGCUCAUUGUCAUGUUAAAUCGGAACCCACAGGUCGAAAUAAACUUGCGCCUUGAAUUACGUGAGAAACUGCCCCAAUUAUUUAGUGAUCCCACAUACGUACCGACCAUGGACGAUGUGGAUGGUCUCGUGUAUCUGGAAGCCGUAUUGCGUGAGAAUUUAAGACUGAAUCCAGUCGUACCGCUAAAUGCAAAAGAGGCGAAUCGUGAUACGACGCUCGUUGACGGCACUUUUUUGAAAAAAGGAACGCGCGUUUAUAUUCCGUCCUAUACGCUCGGUCGCAUGAAAAGCGUUUGGGGCCAUGAUGCAUCUAAAUUUAAGCCAGAGCGAUGGCUGAUGCAAGAUCCGUGGACAGGCGAGCGGGUUAUCCGUCCAGUAUCGGCGUUCCAAUUUGUAUCCUUUCAUGCUGGACCACGCACGUGUUUAGGCAUGCGUUUUGCGAUGCUUGAGAUGAAAACCGUGACCGCUUACAUGAUGAGUAAAUACCACUUUACGACGAAGGAAAAUCCCAAGAGCUAUACUUACAACGUGGCCUCUAUACUUCAGAUCAAGGGUCCUCUGAUUGUUAAGAUACAGCAUGCUGGUUAG